CCGGAAGCGGAAACCAGCUGCGAUUCCUCGGAGCUUCCCGAAGCUAGCAGGGAUCCGCGUCGCAUUGAGACCGAGAGGAGACGAACCGCUGGAGCAGCAGAAUGAACAGUCGCUGAAUCAUCUGGUGGCAGAGGAACGACACGCGUCAGGAUCUAUCCCCGGCACGGCCCCACUGCAACAGAGCAGGUCUUAUCCUGGUCUUCAUCAUGACGUCCUCCAUGCUCCGCAGACAGCUCAAGAACCUGGUCCAGAACUACUCUGAGGCCGAGGUCAAGGUGAGGGAGGCCACCUCUAACGACCCCUGGGGUCCGUCCAGCUCCCAGAUGGCCGACCUCUCCGACCUCACCUACAACGUGGUGGCCUGCAACGAGAUCAUGACCAUGCUGUGGAAGCGCCUGAAGGACGACAAGAACUGGAGACACAUCCACAAGUCUCUCACCCUGUUGGAGUAUCUGCUGAAGACGGGCGACGAGCGCGUGAUGCUGAAGAUGAAGGACAACAUCUACAUCGUCAAGGCACUUACAGAGUUCCGCUUCAUGGACAAAGACGGCAAGGACCAGGGCACCACCGUGCGGGAGAAGGCCAAGGUGGUGCUGGUGCUGAUGGAGGACGACGAGAAGCUGAAGACGGAGCGAGACUUUGCAGUGAAGACCAGAGAGAAGACCUCUAAGAGCGCUGCAGCCUCCUCCUCAGACACGCCCAAGGACGCCAGCUACCGGCCGUGCUACGUGGCCGGGGCGUCCGGCCUGCCCUCCCUGGACAACAUCCCCUCGGUGGCCGACCUCACCGCCUCCUUCGCCGCCCGCAAGGAGGAGCGGCUGAGGCAGGAGGAGGAGAAGAAGGAGGAGGAGCGGAGGUCCAAGCUGACGGAGGAGGAGCUGCAGUGGGAGGACGCGGGCAGACCAGAGGCCUCUAGACCCCCGCCCCGGGCCAGGGACCCCCCGGGCGCCCAGCUGGAGCCCGCCCCCCCUGAGGAGCCCCAAGAGGCGGCCGACCCGUGGGGCGCGCCCCCCAAGCCGCCCAGCGACCCCUGGGGGGCUCCGGCCAAGACGGAGGAGGACCCCUUGGCCGCCCCCCCGGCCGCGGAGGACCCGUUCUCCUCGCCGCCCUGCGACAGCGAGGACCCCUUUGUGGCGUCAAAGGACCCCGACGACCCCUUCGCCGCCCCCAAGGACAGACCGGACCCCUUCAGCGCCCCCCAAGAGAAGCCCUUCGGCGCGCCUAAGGCCGGCCCGGACCCCUUCUGUGCGGGCAAGGAGGAUCCUUUUGCUGAGCCUCAGGGCACAGCGGACCCCUUCGGGACGUCCAAGGACGACCCCUUCAGCGCGGCCCAAGACUUCGACUUCAGCGCCUCCACGGACGACCCCUUCAACCCCCCGAAGAACCAUGCUGUCAGCACCCCCAAAGCUGACCCGUCCCCAGCAAACAAUGACCCCAUCGACCCCUUUGCUACGCCAGCGCCAUCCCCCCCUAAAGGGGACCCCUUCAGCGCCCUGUCCAGCCCCCCUAAAGGGGACCCCUUCAGCGCCCUGUCCAGCCCCCCUAAAGGGGACCCCUUUGACACCCUGUCCAGCCCCCCUAAAGGGGACCCCUUCAGCGCCCUGUCCAGCCCCCCUAAAGGGGACCCCUUCAGCGCCCUGUCCAGCCCCCCUAAAGGGGACCCCUUCAGCGCCCUGUCCAGCCCCCCUAAAGGGGACCCCUUUGACACCCUGUCCAGCCCCCCUAAAGGGGACCCCUUCAGCGCCCUGUCCAGCCCCCCUAAAGGGGACCCCUUCAGCGCCCUGUCCAGCCCCCCUAAAGGGGACCCCUUCAGCGCCCUGUCCAGCCCCCCUAAAGGGGACCCCUUCAGCACCCUUUCCAGCCCCCCUAAAGGGGACCCCUUUGACACCCUGUCCAGCCCCCUCAGAGAGGAGCCCUUCGUGGCCCCCACCACCCCCCCCAAGGCCGUCCCCUCAGACCCCUUCGGCGCCCUGGCCGGGAGCCCCUCUGUGGACGCCUGGGAGCCCGCCGCCAGCUCCCCGUCCGCGCCGUCGGACCCCUGGGCGGCCCCAGACGCCGCAACAGCCAAUCCGGACGAUGCUUGGGGCUCGCCUGCCCCGCCCCCAUGCUCCGCCCCCUCCGAUGACCCGUUCGGAGACGGGCCGCCCAAAGCCAGCGACCCCUGGGGUGCCCCCUGCAAUACACCUAGCAACGGCACAGGUGGGCCCCGGCCGCCCCCCCCCCCACCGGGCCCCCCCAGCCGGGCCGCGGCGGCCUCCUUCCUGGGCUCGGCCGGAGCCAAGCUGGUGGACCUGGACUCCCUCCUCUCCCCGGUUUGGACUUGUGGACUCGUUGGUCUGUGA